GCGAGUGGCAUGAACUGGAGGGAGAAUUUCAGGAACUGCAGGUGUAUGAGGGACAGAGAAGAAUUGGGAAUAAAUCCUGGAUUUUGUCCCCUGGUGCACAGCGAGAGUUGUAGAAGGGCUGACCGGUGAAAAACCAUGAUGUUCCCUGCUCAGUUCUUCAGCAGUGGGGGACCUGGAAUGGAUUGGGUCCAACUUGGGCAAGAGGGAUCCUGCUGGGUCAGAGGCCAGUGACAGACAGAAGGCCACAGAAUCUCCUGGGGGUCAAGGUCAUAGACUGGAGCAAAAUUACUCUCUACAUCUUCAAUUCAUAGAUGAGGAAACAGAAGCUUGGGAAUGCUGGUAGACUGACCUGGGGUCACUCAGCUUUGAGGAGGAAACUCACAGGAUCUACAAGCAGAAGCUAGAGGAGCUGACCGCAUUCCAGACUUUGUGUAGCAGCUCCAUCAACAAGCAGAAGACGCGACUGAAGGACCUAAAGCACACACUCCAGAGGUACAAGCGCCAUGCCAGUCGGGAGGAAGCAGAGCUUGUUCAGCAGUUGGGUGCCAACAUCAAGGAGCGGCAGAAUGUCUUCUUUGACAUGGAGGCCUACCUGCCCAAGAAGAAUGGGCUCUACUUAAAUCUGGUCCUUGGCAAUGUGAACGUGACCCUUCUCAGCAAACAGGCCAAAUUUGCCUACAAGGACGAGUAUGAGAAGUUCAAGCUCUACCUGACUAUAAUCUUGCUCCUGGGUGCUGUAGCUUGUCGAUUUGUCCUUCACUACAGGGUGACGGACGAAAUCUUUAACUUCCUGCUGGUGUGGUAUUACUGCACCCUGACGAUUCGAGAGAGUAUUCUUAUCAGCAACGGCUCAAGAAUCAAAGGCUGGUGGGUGUCUCAUCACUACGUGUCCACAUUCCUGUCUGGAGUGAUGCUGACCUGGCCUAACGGACUAAUUUAUCAGAAGUUUCGAAAUCAGUUUUUAGCGUUCUCCAUCUUUCAGAGCUGUGUCCAGUUCCUGCAGUAUUAUUACCAGAGGGGCUGCCUUUACCGGCUGCGGGCGCUGGGGGAGAGGAAUCACUUGGACCUCACAGUGGAAGGAUUCCAGUCCUGGAUGUGGCGAGGCCUCACCUUCCUUCUGCCCUUCCUGUUCUGUGGCCAUUUCUGGCAGCUCUACAAUGCCGUCACGUUAUUUGAGCUCUCCAGUCACGAGGAAUGCAAAGAAUGGCAGUCGUGCACACCAAACUCCAGGAGAACAGAAGCAAGGCCAAGAAGCCAUAAGCAAUGGGGUCGCCCCCAGUGCCCCUGGACUUUGAGACAGCGGGGGACUCCCAAGUGGCAUCCUCGCUGCCGGAUAUCCUCCCCACCAGUGCCAGUGGCCACUGGCAGCAGUGACCUCAGGGGCCAGGGGCAUUGCUGGGAGCAGGGCCUCGGCCCUGGUCCCCAGCUGGACGAGAGGAAUGUGACCCCAGCCUGUGGGCUCAGAAUUAGCCCACCCCAGCCUCCCUAUUUAUGACAUAUUUAAUAUUGGCCUCGCCCCUUCCCUAGACACUGUGGCCUUCCUUACCCGCUGCUCAGCGAGACUGGGUCAGUCUUCCUGGGGCAGGGGGGAGGCUAAGCCUCAGGGAGCCCCUAUGUCCCCCAUCCUGUCAUGUGAACCCCUCAGGUUGGGCACUGGACAUGCCUCGCUGGGGCUGGUUCUCCACUGACCUGCUACUUACGGGACCCCCUGGGGGGCAAAAGGAAGCCCCUCAGGGUCCUGUGGAGCCUCCUUCCCUGGGGCGCACCGCUUCUGCUGUAAGCUCCCAGCCUUCCUCCGCAGCGGGGACAUUCAGGUUCUCAGAGAACCCCUGUCAGUCUGUGCUUCGUGCUCUUUGUGCUUCCUGAGCCUCCCGCGCUGGCCUCCUGGGGAAAACGGCUGUGACCUCCUGAAGCCCGGGGCCUGGCCUGAGGCGGGAGGGUUGAGGGGCACCACCAGAGGGCGCCCUUGCACCAUCGUGUGGCCGGUUUGAGGGCGGGCCCCCCCGCCCGGCCCCCAGUCCGCAACGACCCUUAUGGGGUUUCCUGACCCCUGCUCCUCAGCCCGCCUUCCCUAAUUCUUGCAGUGAGUCCUCAAGGAGUGGGACCAAGACCCUCAGCACUGGUUAGGACUCAGCUGGUGUGUAAGUCAUCCAUGCUUUGGCUGCCUCCCUUCCCCUCAGAGGUUCUGGAAUGUGGGGGGAGUCAGAGCAGGCUCACUUGGAGGAGACCGCACUCUGGAGGCCAGGGUAGGGCUGCUGGUCACUUCAUGUUAGGUUCUGUAUUCGUGAGGAGGGUGAAGACGCCAACAGGUUUGGUUGCAUUUUUUGCUGCUUCUCACAUGGGCCUCAGCUGCUCUUAAUGACUUGCCUAGAAAUCCCCUUUGACCUGAGUUCACAGAUGGCGCCCAGUGUCAUGCUUCGGCCCUCAAAGGAGUUUAAAUUUUUUUAAUAUGAAAUUUCCCCUCCCCCCUGUAUGAUUCCACAUGAAAAUCCACAUUUCUGCUUUCCCUAGAGAAAUGGAAAGAUCUAGCAACAUUCCCGUAGGGCAGCAUUUGCCUGGGCUGAGCUGCCAUGUCCAGGAUGGGGUGCUUGCUUUCUGGCUUGCCACAGGCCCCACCACUCCCUUUUAUCCCUGCCCUCUUUCACUCAUUUGGGUCUCCCAUCUGGUCCUUUAGGCACUUGGGUUUGCCCCAGACUAGAAACUGGGCAAACUUUUUCUGUAAAGGGCCGCAUGGUCUGUCACACUACUCUAACCUGCAGUUGUAGGGCAAAAGCAGCCAACACAUGAAUGAAUGGGCGUGGCUGUGUUUCAAUAAAACUUUUAUUUACAAAAAUAGGUGGCCAGAUUUGGCCCACAGUCGUUUGUGGACCUCUGUCCUAGACUACUGUUUGUCUGCAAGGCCUUGGGGAACCUAGGUAGGGUGGGCUGGACUUUGGAAGUCUCUUUCUCAGGCCCAGUGGACCAAUGCACUGGGCAAAGGAGGGGCUGAGGCAGGAGCCCCUGAAGCCAUUACCUCCUCUUAGCACUGAUUCCUGAGCUAACUCGGCAGCCACCAGCCCUCAAUCUCUGGGGCAUCAGGAUCACCUGGGGCACUUGUUUAAAAACUCCUGGGCCCCUGACCUCAGACCUUUCAGGAGAUUCAGAGAAUGUGUGCUGGGUGUUGAUCAAGUCUGUUAACGAAGGGCGCCAGGAUGGCCUUGGUUUCAGAUCUCCCCAUCUUGACAGAAGUGGAGCCUGGGAGGGACAGUGGAGAGCUUGAUGACUAGUUAAUGAGCCAGUGCCGUCCUGCUGCAGGUAGGGAAACUGUCCUAGAGAGCCUGACUUGCCCAAGAUCACUUGGAGCUGAUGUCCCUUUUCAUCUGGCAAGUAGUUGGAGAAGAGGGGUUGCAGGGGAGGAGACGCUGAGCAGGGGUCAGGUGGACGGUCCAGGAAAUACUUUUUGCUCUUCGGGAAGUUCCUCUUGCCUUUGUAUAUGCCCAGCUCUGGAGAGUGGUAGCCAAGCCAAAGGCUGAGACUGAAGUCUUCUGUGAGGCGUGGAGGAGGAAGGGCAGGAGGGGGCUGGUGCCUGUGUUCUUCUGAUAGGCCCCAGUCCCAUCAUGGAGGUAGCCUGGACUCCUAGGAGGAGGAAGCCAGAAGCUGAAGGAUGCAGCCAUGCCUAUCUCAGGAGUCCAGGGAGGUGGGUGACUUGGGAAAGCACUUGGGGGCCAUGUGGAAUGCUGCCAAGUUUCUCAUUCACCCACAUACCAGACGUCAUUUUUCACUUCAGGCAUAGCCUUUGAGGACCUACUGCGUGUGCAGAGGGGGACACACAGCCAGGGGGAGGUUGUGAUGCGGGCACUCCUGAGUCCUGGGGACAAGAGCUGGUUCCAGGGUACAGAGGGACUCGGAGUCCAGCCUCCUUACCCAUCACCACCACACAGGCCACAGCUCCCAUGAGUCCAGAGUGGGGCUCAUGGCCAGAGCCCCAGCUGGGAAAGGAGAGAGUUCCAGAAAGUUCUAAGGACCUAACCACAGGCUCCAGACACCAGGCACUGGAGACACCAGAUUCCAAGUGCUCUUCCAGAGCUGGGGAGGGGGCAGAGUCUGGGAAGCAGUCUGGGCCUGGGGACCCGGGCCCUGUCAGUUCAAUCCUGAGGGCCGUGUGCCCCGCCAGGAUGUGUCAAAGCAGCAGGCACAGCCGGAGUUGUUUCUGCCGCUGUGCUUUCUUCAGAGCACCGAGGGCAACCUUGGCGGCCUCUCGGAAGACGUCCUCCACGUUCUCUCGAAACUUGGCAGAACAUUCCAGGUAGAGGGCAGCUCGGAUCUGCUCGCAGGCACUCUGGCCCUGGGUGGGGGAGGGGCCAGGAUUAGAAAAGGGGCCUGGAGCAUGGGGCGCCUCCUGCGAGGCCUGCUCAGGGAUUUAGGGGCUUUCUGGGUGUGCCCCCCCCAUCCCAGGGCCAGCUCCUCCCCCUCAGUGUGUGCACAUGAAACAUAAGGGCCAGUUUGGUGUCAACCACAGGCUGCAGCUGCUGGGAAAAGCCCAUCCUGGCCUCCACCCCAGGCUCUCACUCUCCCCAACCUUGGCCAGGGCCAGGGGCUGACUUCAGCCAAGAACUGAGGUGGUCUGUUGUGUCUACCAGGUCUGUGAGGAGAGCUGAAGUCCUUGAGACAGUUCCUACAUGCCUCUCUCUCUGCUCUUCUCAAAAGCACAAUUUAGGCACCUGAGCUAUUAGAGUUUAAAAAAAAAAAAUUCUAACACAUUUAUUAAUGCCUAUUCCUUUUUAUUAAACUUUAUUAGCUUUC